AUGGCCAUACAUUCUGAAACAACUCUGGUUAAACUCUGUGGGAGAGAAUUUGUCCGAGCUGUUGUCUUUGCUUGUGGAGGAUCACGGUGGAGAAGACAACUGGAUGAGCCUUUCUCAGAAGGGCUCAUAGCAACAGAUGCCAGUGGAAAUUACAUUGAGAAGCCAAAAUCUGAAAGCAACAAAUUCAUCCAGUACAACAUGGAGUCUGAGCAAGAUUUCCGAGGCAUGCAACAGAAGUCUGUACGCAAAAGAAAUGAGGAUCUCUUGCAGCUUACAGUCACUUGCUGUACUGUUGGAUGCAGUGCAAACUCUGUAAGUUCACUAUGCUAAAAAUGUAAGAUGCUGCCAUGGAAGCUGAUCUAAAUAAGACGCGUUCUGUCUAGAAUACAUCAUUUUCAAAUCUUUUCUGUCACACUUUGUAUUUCCCAGCUCUACAGACCUUCCUAGCUGCCAUUCUGCUUCGGAUGUUGCACAAAUUGGAAACAUUUUUUAAUACUUAAGUAUCAGCCAUGUGAAGCAAUCUGCUUUUCU